AUGAACAGAACAGGCACAAGAUAUCUUCGACCACUGGCUAUCAGAAGAUGGGUUUAUAGUUGCAGAGCCUACACUGUCAAAGGACUGUUAGCGUCCGAUGCCUACACGAACGCCGCCAACGCGUCCAAUGAUUCAGUUACUUCCACUCCCAAGCUUACCGCUUCCCAACAUACGAUCCUAGAAAGAGCUAUACGUGUCGACCAAGCUGGAGAGCUUGGCGCUAAUUAUAUCUACAAAGGUCAAAUGGCGGUAUUGGGGAAGGACAAGGUAGUCGGUCCGGUGAUUCAGGAAAUGUGGGAUCAAGAGAAGAAGCACAUUGCAGUUAUGGACAAAUUGCAGUUGCAGCAUCGUGUGCGACCGACGUUUUUGUUUGACGUCGCAAAAGCAGCUGGUUUUACGCUGGGUGCGGUGACAGCCUUGAUGGGCAAGGAGGCUGCUAUGGCAUGUACUGAAGCGGUCGAGACGGUAAUUGGUGAACAUUAUGAUGAUCAACUCAAGCAAAUGGAGAAUCUGCCUGCAGACCAUCCGAGCAUCCCUCUUCUCAAAGACGUCAUUCGAGAGUUCCGAGAUGACGAACUAGAGCAUCUUGAUACGGCCGUUGAACAUCAUUCACAACGAGCACCUGCCCAUGCAUUGUUGAGUGCAAUAGUUGGUGGGGGAUGUAAAGUUGCUAUUGAAGUGUGCAAGCGAAUAUGA